AAUGAGGAUUGAGUGAGCAAAAGUAUAAGUGUCGGAGAGAUUAGUAUUUAGGAACACGACACUCGGUGGUUACUCACAGCACAUCUUAACCAGAAACCUGUGAUUGGUUGAAAGCUUGAGCCACACAAUGCGUUACGCCAUCGUCUUCUUUCUCGUUUGUGUCAUUACUCUUGGAGAAGCACUGAAAUGUGUGAAUUUACAAGCGAAUGGAAUAAAGAUGACACAAGAGUGUGCAAAGGAGGAUACCAAAUGCUUAACAUUAAGAUCAUUAAAAAAAACUUUAAAGUUUUGUGCCUCUGGUCGAACAUGUACGACUAUGAAAAUAAUGUCUUUGCCUGGGGAACAGAUUACAUGCUGUGAAGGAAACAUGUGCAAUGCUUGAGAUGAUUCUUCCAAUGGAGGUUGCCGGGAUUUUCUCUUCUCACAUGAAGCAAUGGCCCUACCAAAACAUUUGUCCUCUCCUCUCUCCUCUUUUCCCUUCUGUCCACUCUCCUAUAGAUACUAGGGUGUAGCUUGAUUCCUAAUAUCCAUUAAAUAAAGCACUCAACUGCA